UUUCCUCUCGCAUGCAGAACACCGUCAAUCCAAGCUCUCCUCGGCCUCCUUCUCCGAACCUGAGUUAAACUAUUCUGUAGUAGGUCCAGUCUGUCAGAGCUCUGCGAUCGGAGCCUGAAGUGACCUGGAUUUCCGCCCCUACCGCGGGCCGUCUUCCCCCGCUCGCCUGUUACACUGCUCCUCCGUGGCUGUCUCCUCAGAAUCCCUCCCGGCCCUUUAAAUACCGCGUGGGGCGCGGGGGGGAGACCGGGAGGCUAGGGGUUGUUGGACUGGUGAGUUUUCGAGGUGUUUGUGCGGUGCUCGGUGAGGGGACACCCAGAGACCCCUGACCCAGGCUCCCUCAGUCGCCUUUCUCCUCCGCCUGUCUCUGCGCCGGACCCGGGGUUUCAUACAUCACUCUGGCAGCUUGUGGAGGUUGCCUCACUUGAAGUGGCCCAGGGCUGAAGAUACUCAGUCAUGUGUGGAAGGAGCUUCAGUGCCAUUCUGUGAGGGGUUGAAGCCCCCCAAGGAGGAAGCACAGGCACUAUCUCUUUGCCCACACUUGAGUGACACAAAAUGCCCUUCAAUGGUGAGAAGCAGUGUGUGGGCGAGGACCAGCCAAGCGAUUCAGACUCUUCCCGGUUUUCCGAAAGCAUGGCUUCACUUAGUGACUAUGAGUGCUCCAGGCAGAGCUUUACAAGCGACUCUUCCAGCAAAUCCAGCUCUCCUGCUUCAACAAGCCCUCCCAGGGUCGUAACAUUUGACGAAGUGAUGGCUGCUGCAAGGAACUUAUCAAACAUGACACUUGCUCAUGAAAUUGCUGUAAAUGAGAACUUUCAAUUGAAACAAGAUGCCCUCCCUGAAAACAGCUUAGCCAGUCGAGUGAAGCACAUUGUCCACCAGGCCUUCUGGGACGUCCUGGAGUCAGAACUGAAUGCUGAGCCUCCCGAGUAUGAACAUGCCAUCAAACUGUUUGAAGAAAUCAGAGAGAUUCUCCUCUCUUUUCUGACUCCUGGAGGCAACCGACUUCGCAACCAGAUCUGUGAAGUUUUGGACACAGACCUCAUUAGGCAACAGGCUGAGCACAAUGCUGUUGACAUCCAAGGCCUGGCCGACUAUGUCAUCAGUACAAUGGGAAAGCUGUGUGCUCCCGUGCGAGAUGACGAUAUCAGAGAGCUAAAGGCUACCAGCAACAUCGUGGAGGUGCUGAGCUCUAAAAUUUUUAGACAAAUAUUUCAUGUUCUGGACCUCAUGAAAAUGGACAUGGUCAAUUUUACAAUUAGGAGCCUUCGACCACAUCUUCAACGCCAGUUGGUGGAUUAUGAGAGAACCAAGUUCCAAGAAAUUUUAGAAGAAACUCCAAGUGCUCUUGAUCAAACUACAGAAUGGAUAAAAGAAUCUGUAAAUGAAGAACUACUUUCUCUUUCGGAGACUGCUUUAACUCCUGGGGCCGAAAACAGCUCUAAGUCAAGCCUGAGCCCUACAGUGGUGCUAAAUAACAGUUAUUUAAAACUGUUACAGUGGGAUUAUCAGAAAAAAGAAUUACCAGAGACACUCAUGACAGAUGGAGCACGUCUUCAAGAACUGACAGAAAAGCUGACUCAAUUGAAAAUUAUUGCCUGCCUGUCCCUAAUUACCAACAACAUGGUGGGUGCUCUUACAGAAGGCCUCCCUGAGCUUGCAAACAGGUUAAAAAGGAUUUCAGCUGUUCUACUCGAAGGCAUGAACAAAGAGACCUUUAACUUGAAGGAAGUCCUGAAUUCUAUUGGUGUUCAGACUUGUGUUGAAGUUAACAAAGCCUUGGUGGAGAGAGGUUUAUCCAAUUUAAAUGCUGAGGUCCAAGCUAAUCUCAUAGGUCAAUUUUCAACCAUUGAAGAGGAGGACAAUCCUAUCUGGUCCUUGAUUGAUAAACGAAUCCAACUAUACAUGAAAAGCCUACUUUGUCUUCCAAGUCCUCAAAAAUGCAUGCCUCCUGUGCCAGGAGGCCUUGCUGUCAUUCAGCAGGAGCUAGAAGCGCUAGGCUCUCAAUAUGCAAACAUUGUGAAUCUCAACAAACAAGUGUAUGGACCAUUUUAUGCAAAUAUACUUCGAAAGCUGCUCUUCAGCGAGGAAGCCACGGGAAAGGCAGAUGCUUCAUCUUCUAACUAAAGAGGAACUGACAUUGGAUGCGAGGUUGGAAAUCCAGCACUUUGGUACCCAGUCUGUUUCCACCAGUGGCAUUACAGAUGCGGCACAUUCUCAGUCCUGUUCGUGGUGCAGCGUUAGCCUGAAUUUGUGUAGUCCAGUAAUAUUAGCGUUGCAGAAAACAUGCACAUCGUGUAAACCCUAUUCAUACAUCAUUUUCAAGUUCAAAAGAGAUGUUUUUAAUGGACAGAAAGCAAUUUGUAAUUAAUGAUAUGACCUUAUAAUACUUGUAAAUGUUUUCUUAAGCGUUCAUAUAUGGCUUAUUCAUUCAACCUUAAGAAGUUGUAUUUCCUCACUUGUCACUAUCAAAUCUAAUGAUUUUUAAUUUUGGUACAACUUCUUAAAGCGUUGGAAGUCGUGAGAAUAACCAAGGGGAUUGAUGUUCUGAAUAAAUGAUGUGAAGUAAGCAUAAUUGUAUUUGAAAUAUACAAUUAAAUAUUAUUAACGUGUAAUAGAAACUUACAUAGUAAGUCUUCAAAUUCCACAAAUGUACCAAAUCACAUUUUAUAUUACCAAUUGUCAGUAUUUGUCUAGAACUUAAAUUUAUUAAAAAUAUUUUAAAGCUAUGUACAAAUUUUAGAUAAAACUUGUAUUGUUCAUUUAGUGAAAAUAGAAAAAAAAAUCCCUUCUAAAAUUUUAUUCUAGAGGUUGGUUUUUCUGCCUGCAACUUAUCCUGCUCUCUGAGAGAAACAACUUUUGCACAAGUAUCUUAGUGAACGUCCUUGCAUUUCUCAGGCCGUUGGUGAAGAUUAUAUAAGAUUUUGAUAUUUUUACAUAAGGCAGGACUGAUUUGAACUGAUUUAUUUAUAAGAAGAAGGAAAGUUAACAAUAAACCAGAUCCCCAGGAGAUCCCCAUCCUCAGUGAAGUUCACAUCUGAAAAAGAAAUAGUUGAACUUCGGAUUUUUUUAAACCAUAUAACUUGCUAGCAGAUGCCUCCUGUGCUGAUUAAACUCUUACCCCGCUAUGACCAAGUAUCAUUAUCAUUUGACAUUCUUGAGCAUUAAAGCAAAACUUGGCCAAGCUGGCACUGGCUGUCAUCGAGAUUUUAGAGAAAUCUGCUUGUCCUGGAAUUACAUACUUCUUUUGAAAUGUUAAGGGAAGCACUACAGACUGGGCAGACUCCCGUCUAUAAAGUACUUUAUUCCCAUAAAACACAUUUUGAUUAUUUCGUUCUCUAAGGACUCAUUGAAUCUUCGUAGCCUGGUAGGAAAGAGUGGGUAGGACAUAAAAAGGAGUAUUCCUUUCUUCCUUACCUCCUUUUCCUCGCUAUGACUUCCACCAUUAUGGUGCUACUUAAUUAUUUGAUAAAGUUCUAGGAAAUGAUUGUGUGAAUGAAUUAUCUCCAAUCUUUACAUUUUGGAGGGAUCUGCCAAAAUUUGAGAAGUUUUUGAAAGUCUUUUUUUUUCUUUCUCACGACAACCAAUAUAUAAAUCAGCCAUUCUAUCCAUCUGAGCAGCUGUGUAUAGGUAGAAUUUUCCUGAAGAGCACGUCACUGGUCUUACCCAUUUUCCAACCCCUCUUCCUGUAUUUCCCUUCUGCCCGCGUUGUCCUGUGCUUAGAAACUAUAAGGUGCUGAAGAUUUUUGUUUUCGUUUUCUCUGAAGUUGGAGUAGUUUUCGAAACCGUGUUCACUUUGGAGUAUGGGUGGCGGGGAGGGUCUGCCACGGAAAGGUAACAUGUAGUGUGACUUGUUGUUGCUUUCUGGGGUAAACUGUAUACUUAACAGGAAGACCAGGUGGUGUACUUUCUUUACCAUCAGAUUGGAAUCCAGCUGGUAUCCUUAAAUACUUGAUUAUACUGCAAUUUCCAGCAGGAAAACAAUGUGUAGACAUUUUUUUAAAAUGCAUUUAAAAUGAAGGGCAUUCUGCUGCUUUAUUUUUCCUUUUUUAAGUCCCAAAGGAGAUCUCAAUGUCUCAAGUCUGGAUUUAGGCAACUACAUUUAUUAGGAUUUUUAAAAACAUAUCCCUUAGCAUGUUGUUUUGUGUUUUGUUUUUUUGUUGUUUUUUGUUUUGUUUUACUUAAAUGUUUACUUCUACUUUCGAGGUUUUCUGAAUGUCUUGUUUUGUAAUGUCAGUUUUAUUAAACACCAUACACACAUUUUCAUUCUUCUGCUAAAACAUGUAUUGUGUGCACUAAAUUUCAAAAUAUUAAAAAUUAUUUCGAGAUA